UCGUACACUCCCAGACAGCUUCUCCUAGUCGAGUUCGGGGAGAAUGGUCACGAACAAUCGCUACCGCAACUAAACUAACCCUUGCCAAACCGCACUCACACACGCGCACACAUAAGCACACACACAGAAGCCAAAUGAAACUCCGAUCCGAUGAGCCAAGCUCAUCAGCAUGCCCACGCCCAAUGUCCAACGGUACGUCGCGAUCAUGCACGAUCGAACCGACGGGGAUCAGCUGUCACAAAUCGCACCACCGCUAUCGCCGUAGAGUAUGGCCCCUGGGAUCGUCGACCGUGGCAACACUGCUGGCAGCACUGUCAACACUCGGCGUGUGCACGGUCACACUCGCGACAACCAAGUCCGGAAGCGCUUCCAACCCUGCCGUACUGAUCUCGAGCGAUGAACCGACGGCGCUGGCCCUUGCCGCAGCCGCUGGCCAAAAGCAGUCGCAACAAACGUACUACAACAGCCGGGGUGGUAACACCCCUUCGCAACGGCAACAGUGCGCCCUGUCCGAGCACACCUGCACCAACGGACGGUGCAUUCCGUGGGACAAGUACUGCAAUAAUGUAAAUGACUGCGGUGAUGGUAGCGACGAACCACGCUUCUGCACACGGUGCAACCGUACGUACUAUGGCAACAUUGGACUGACGUACAAUCUGGAGCUGCACCGACCGAAGGAGGACCGGAUACCGUACGUGUGCAUCCUAACGUUCACAGCCGCCGGAGGCAACUACGGUGACAUCGUGCAGGUGACGCUAGACAGUUUCACCCUCGGACGGUUCGUGUCGUACACGGAAAAUGGCUGCCCGGACGGGUAUCUGCAGGUUUCGGAAGCGAAACGUGCCAAUGUCGGUGGCAUGUGGUGCGGUACGACCUGGGGACCGGCCAUCUUCUACAGCGAAACCGACUCCCUGGUCAUGACGAUUAAGCUGUUCAAGCUUUCGCGUGACCAGAGCGGAUACAACUUCGACUUCCGGAUACAGUACAAAAUGUUGUCGCGCGCCAGUGCGGUCGUACGGUACGGUGGGCACAGGCACGAGUACAUUCCACCGUGGACGAAUGUCACGUACAUCCCGAACUAUCCGCUGAUCGAGGACUUUACCAACUCGACCGCACACUCGGAGCACCAGACGUACCAGGAAACCGGUCUCGGGACGGGAUCCAGCCAGCAACGCAACCGGAUGAUAUCGCUCGGCGCUAACGAUCUGCCCUAUCCGACGACCUACGACAAUAUGACGCGCGGCAUUGGACUGCAGCGGGGCGGCAGUGGUUCCACCACGCUCCACGGGGGCGGUUCGAUGUUUGGGCGCACAAACGGGUCGACGGACUGGAUGCCGCUCGGGUCCGGUGUGCCACCCCGCAAGCAGCUAAACUACACCGAACCGCAGUACUACCUAGGGGAUCUUAUGCAGGGUACGUUCUGCUCGCGAAUAUUCACCAACUGCGACAAGAAGGUGUGCCGAUUGCAGUCGCCCAACUUUCCCGGCAUUUACCCCAGGAAUUUGACGUGCUACUUCGCCGUUAGGCAGCACGAUGUCCCACCAGGUAAGCAUGCGUUUAUCGUCAUCAGUCAACCGAAGGGAAAUCUCGUGUGGAUAUCGACCGAGGCAUCGGCCGGUGCCGCCACGAACGCCGCCCGUGGAGACGAGAAGGAAAAGCACAAACCUCGUCUCCAAACCUGGAACGAGUGUGACAGCGUGCAGGACAGCACGAAUCCGAAGUGGAAAUCAACGGACUACAUUACCGUGUACGAUGGGUACACGACGCGUGAUCCCAUCAUUCUGAAGAUAUGCGGCGGUGGUCAAGCAAUACCGCAGGCCAUCUCGAGCGGUCCGGAGCUGUUGGUAGAGUUCACCACAUCACCCUACGGUACCUUCAAUACACCCCAAACAAGCGGACACUCGCUGCAUGGUUUUCAACUUGAGGUCUCGGUACGUUUUGUUGACAUCCAGACGCCGACGUACGCGAAAAGUAAGCGCGUGUGCGAGUUUUGGCUCCGAGGAACGGGGCACGGUGUGUUGCAGAAUCCGCUACACUCGCUCGCUCCCAACACGACCUGUCUCUACCAUCUGCAAGGUACUGAAGCUCGCGCACUUGAUGCAAUCAACAUCCCACGCCGCUCGGGUGCGCUUUCCACCUCGCCGACUCGCUUCAAGGUGUGGAUAUCGGUUAUGAAGUUUGAGCUUGCGCCCGAAUUCGGUGCCACCGAGGAACAGCUGCUACAGUACCAACGGACUGAGGACUGCAGCGGUAUGCUACGGAUAUGGGACGGACCUCUUAGAGAGGUGCCCAGCUGUAAGGAUUUCGACUGUCUAACGACCGAUAAAGAUGGAACACAGCGCAGCAGCAUACGAUUCGGUGCGAAUACGACGAACAUCAUCGCCCGGUACUGUCGCGGGUCCGUUCCACGAUCCUGCGAUCACGGCAUCCUCAACAUGAGCAGCUCGCGACCGUGCACCUUGUCGGAGAGUUACGUCUCGAGCAGCGACUUUGUAACGUUGGAACUGAAAACAUCCGAUUCGACCGUGCUUCGUCCGCUACAGUUCGCACUGCGCUAUGAAUUCGUCGAUCUCCUGCAGGACGGCACCGCGAUCGGGGGUGAGAAUGAAUGCCAUCGACGAUUCGCCAGCAGCCAGAUGGAACGCAAAGGACCGCACCCUAUACGAAGCGUGCGAAACAUAUUCCUGUUCGGCCGCGGUGGAGCAAAACAUUUACACUGCAUCUAUCGCUUCGAAGCACAGCGUGGAGAGCGCGUGCGUAUCGAGAUCAAUCGUGCCAUGACCGGUAACCGGACGUGUGACUCACGCGUGGAUCCCGACACGGGUCGAUCGUACUGCUUCGGCGAUAGUACGGCCCGGGUCGAGAUCUUCGAGCGUCCCUGGCACGAAUCGAUCCUCUUUCCGCGCGGCUGUGUCUGCAAUUCGACCAACAAUUCCUACCUGCCGAUCGUGUUCACGUCGACCGGUCGCGAGGUUGAGAUACACUUCAGCGCAGCCAACAUGACCAACGGGGAUGAUCCUGAUUCGCUCAACUUCGAGGCAUCGUACGAGUUCGUCAAGGGUCCAAUGAUGUGCAAGGACGUGCGCCGUAAGAACGCCAUUACCGGUGUAGUUACGCUGACCUCGGGUGAUGUCGAAUGUCGCAACCGCCCGUGGCUUAUAGAACCUUCGUACGAUCGGUAUCUCUAUAUACGUCUGAAAGGGCUGUUCCUGCGUAAGUUCAAUCCAGCGAGCCCGCUUGCGUACAACGCUAGCUUCAGUGCUGUAACGCCAAUACGCUGCUACACCAAGUCACGCGUCAUCAUAACCAAUGGGGAAGGUAUCUCGGUGACCGCCUGUCCGCUGCCCGAAGAGACCAAGCAUCGGCACGUGGUGGAGGUGUUCAGUGCCGGCUGGGGCCGUAAGCAUCCGUUCUUCGGUGCGGAAGCAUCACGAGUCGUUUCGGUGGAGUUCCUCAAUCCGGACGAGGGGGGCCAUUAUGCGUUUAGUUGGCUCGAGCUUACGAAACGAACAUCGGCAAGCUAUGCUUUAGUACAGGAAGAAUGCCCCUACCUUUGUCCCGAUCUGAACGCUUGCGUGAAUGCUUCCAUCUGGUGCGAUGGCAUCGAACAGUGUCCUUCGGGAGAGGAUGAAGCCUUCACACACUGUUCUGCGCUGUUGCGGCUGCCGGCAGAGAUACUGGCCGGACUGAGCGUUCUUCUGCUGGUGUUAUGCUGCGGACUAUUCGGAUAUCUAUACAGAAAAAUCAAACGCAACUGCCGACGGACGAGCGUGCUCCAGACGCGCCUGAAAUCGCUCAGCUCGAUGGAUACGGCCGUGUUCGAGGACAAGGAGGUGAUUUGCUGACAAAACGACAAUUCUGUACGGUACGUCGAGAUCGAUCGCGUUACCACGGUCUGACCGCGUCAUCGCGCAACACCAGAUGCCGUACAGAAUUGUCUUCCCAUGCAACCAAACCAAACCGACGAUAUGCCAAACGAUCGCCAAACGGGCGACACCAGUGAGCAGCAGGAAAAUGAUGGACUGAGCAAUAAUAGCAGCAAAGUAUCGCGUACUUCUUCUUUUCUACACACGACACUUACCACUACGGGCCCGUGGUGGAGAGCGUCACCGGACGAUAGAGGAUCAUUACUACUACUACUGCGAGUGUCGCUACACUAGCACUGCGAACGAUGGAGCAAAAACCAGAGCAAAACCUACUAACUUAACUUUACUACUUGUAGCGUUGUAGCGGAUAGUAGCAACUAAUCAUUACUACUAGGAACAAAAUAAAACGGCCCCAGACGGAAGCCAUCUGUUAGUCAUUCUAAUUCUACAAUUUUACUAUAGACCAGUAGGAUGAACAUAAAAACGGCAGACGGAGAACGUAAAUCAAAAGCGGAACGGAACCUGUCCCAACUGUCAAACUAAGGGAGCCAACAUUGGCAGCGACGACCUCCGGGGUCGGGGCUGAGGUCACACACUACUAUGUACUACGUUUUAGUAUUACUUCUAGUAAAACGAUACAAAUCAGAGACAAACAAUUAUUAUGUUUUAAACGCUAGCUGAAAGGUUAUUAAAUUGAAGGGCGAGAGAUUGGGUCGGUUAUAUAGCGGCGGAUCAUUUGUACUUGGAAGAGUGAAAUCAAAACAUCCCACAACGUCCUCCAGAGGCUGCAGAGGGUUAAAUCGUUCUUGCAUAGGAUCCCCAACACAGAUUGUGCACAAUCGAGUCGAUUAUACUUUUUACGAUCAAGUUCGAGCAAGCAAAUUGUACUUUGACUCUCACACUUUCCCUGUCGCGUGGCAACAAAACGCAACUGUUCCUUCGACCAAAAUGCUUUUUUCCUUGACAGAUUCCACCACUAAACGGCUCACUACGAUCAAUCCGCACUGUGCAGAGCUUUUAACGAACGAUUGUCGAACUGUCUCUAUGACCGUGCCCAUGUUUAUGCCUCAAUUCUGUGGAGGAUUUAAGAAGCGAAAGAGUAUUAUUAGCGAGUACGGGGGUAUAGGAUUUAUUAGCGAAAUGGUUACAGCAGCAAAUGCAAAUCGGCGUUACAUUUAUGGGGGAAAAAAGGUGUAAACAAACAAACACCGACACUUAACGGUACGAUAUGGACUUGUUCAUUAUUAAUUGAAUUGAAUUAUAUCUAAUCAGCGCGGGUGAGGUGUGCGUGUGUGUAUAGCAAAAAUUAAAAUUGGCCGAAAAGGGGAAUAGCCGUAGGAGGGCAACCAGGUGCAGGAGCAGGAUAUUAAAAUCGAUUAAAUCAAACAAUUUAAAAGCAAACCAACAAAUGAUAAGAAGCGAAUGAUGAGAAUUUUAAACACUUACAUUAAAUCGUACAUAGAAUAUAAUAUUCCAGUCGCAGACUAAAACAAACAAACAAAAAAAAACACAUUAACUAACAAGUAACGCAAUGGACGACACUUUCCUUCAUAGUGUCCCGUGUUACGCAGCAAAGGUCCCGAUCGUGAUGAUCGUGAUCGAGUACUUGACAUGAAGAAGGCAUGUCGGCAUACACGAACAAACGAUGUUUCAUAUUCAAAUAGGUCUGUUGGCGGUGGUUUGGAUUCAAUUGUUAGGCCCUUCCCCCAGCAGGGGCGAACACGAGUUACGUAGAUAACUAGUUUAUUAAUGAUAGAGAAACCAGCAAACAAAAAAACCCUCCCCAUUUAACGUACAGGACAUCCCCGAUCGACGGCACAACAACACGGUUGCGGGGUUUUUUGUCUGCAUUGAGCGACUUUUUCACAUUUAAAGUAAAACGGACCAAAAACUAAUGCUAUAUUGGGCGUACUCUUACCGCUCGGUAAGGAAAGACAUUUGGCGUCUGGAUCGUGGACGGAAAUGUACAUAGGAGAGAGUGAGUGUGGAAAAGGUGCAAACCCAUACCUUUUACUUUGUUUUGUCGAGAGGAAGUUCUGUUCAUCACGACCACCACGACCACUAACGACUAACGAGAAAGAAGGUGACACUCAAAAUGG